AUGGUCACUCUAAACGAAGCCAUCGCAUCGAACAAACGUAUUGCAUCAUCCUUCCCUGAUGGACUUGUCGCCGUUUUCAUAGGAGGUACCAGUGGAGUUGGCGAAUACACUGUGAAAGCAUUUGCGAAGUAUGUUUCCAAGCCACGUGCGUAUGUUGUUGGACGAUCCAAGGAGGCGGCCGACCGGAUCAUCCACGAGUGUCAACGGAUGAACAGUGAGGGAAGAUUCGAAUUCAUCGCAGUGGAUGUGAGUCUGCUGCAGAAUAUCGACGAUGUGUGCCGCCAAAUCAGGAGCAAAGAGAGCGCAAUCAAUAUCUUGUUCCAAAGUCAGGGAUCGAUGGGCUUCACCAAAGGUAUUUCCAAAAAUGUUUACUCCUCGAACCACGGUACUAAGAUUCACGAAGAAACGUCUGAAGGUCUGCCUUUAGUCCCCGCACUCGCUCUCCACGGCCGAACCCGCUUAAUCCUGAACCUGCUCCCUCUCAUACAGAACGCUCGCCAGCUGCGCCGCGUCGUCAGUGUGGGAGCCGCCUCCUACGAAGGACCUAUCGUCACAGGAAAUAUACCCGGGAUCGGCCUUCCUCUACUCGAGUGGCGCGAUCAUUUCGCCUCGUGCCUCACUCUACUUCUCAGCAAAGUAGCACAGCGGGCUCCCGAUGUCGGCUUCGUACACACAUGUCCGGGUGUUGUGAAGAGCGGCAUCAUGCGUGAUAUGGAACCUACUUUACGAUUAAGAAUCAUGGUUACGAUUACCGGAUUUCUUGCUCCGCUGAUCAAUACGUCACCGAAUGAGUGUGGGGAACGUCAUCUAUUUGCGGCUACCAGUGCCAGAUAUGCAGUUCAGAAGAAUUAUGGGGAGACUUCGGGUGUUUCUUCGACGACGCCAAUUCAUGUAGCUAGGGGCAUAGAUGGGCGGAAUGGCAGUGGAGUCUACUCUGUAGAUGCUAAAGGGGAAAGUGCAACACCUAAAGUGGAGGGGUUAUUGAAAGCUUUCAAAGAGAACGGUACAGCAGAGGCCUUGUGGCAGUAUGUGCUGUCUGACUACAUGAGAAUCACUCGCAGCGAGGUACUUGUGUAG